UGCAGCACCCAAAUUGGUACGUCCUCACGAACUUUCGCUUAUCCGCAAUUAGGUGUGUACUCCUUUUAUAAUACUUCCUGCUACGGUAUUUUUCCAGGACCCUAUUUUGUUGAAGGGGUACUCCAACUUCCAACAUUGGCGUUCAUGAUACAUAGUAUCACUUCUAACUUUGGCGCACCUUGGGUUGGUAUUCACGCUGGUGUAUCUUGUUUUUUUGUUUACAAGGACUUGG